GGGCACAUAAAAGUGCGGCCGGCCGGCCGGCCGAGACUACACCGCUGCGCCGCUCCUGCCUCCACCGCCUCCCUUCCUGCCGCCUCCUCUGCUCCCUGGGGACCAAGGGCGAUGGACGCCGGCUGCCUGUGGGUCCGCAGCCUGCUGCUCUUCCUCGGUUACCUAUUGCAAGCAGUCCUGGGCACAACAGUGAUCCCGUUGUGCGGGCCUGGUGAAAUGGAGAACUGCACGACAGCGCUCAUCCAGACAGAGAACAGCCCACGUGUGGCCCAGGUUGGGAUAACGAGAUGCAAACCUGAAAUGAAGGACUACUGCUUCCAUGGGCAGUGCGUGUACAUCGUGGACUUGGAUGAGCACUACUGCAGGUGUGACGUGGGCUUCUCCGGAGUGCGCUGCGUGCACUCGGAGCUCGUCCGGCAGCCCCUCAGCAAGGAGUACGUGGCACUGACCGUCAUCGUGGUCCUGCUCUUCCUCGCUGCCCUCUCCCUCGCCAGCUACUACAUCUGCAGAAGGUACCGAAACAAGAGGAGACAAACAAAUGCCAGUGAAUACAAGGAAGUUGGUGCCCUAUAGAAGAAACUGUGGCUUCCUGCUGUGUUCUGUUCGUCUGGAUGGACUCAGUGGCUAAGCAUCUAUUUAAAUGUUAUUUUUAUUAAUAAUAUUUACAAUAUUUAUAACCUUUUAAAAAUUUCAAUUGUUCGGUGAUUCAAUAAGCAUAGGUCAAGCAUUUUAUUUUCAGUGUUUUAUUUUUUUAUUAAAUAAUAUUUCCUAAAGGGAAUCCCACCUAAGUGGUACUUUGGGAUAGAGAUAUAUUUUUAUAAGAACUCGUCUUCUUGCUCUGGAGAGAAGAAUUUUAUAUUUAUUCUUGUGAAUAUACUCAAAGCAAUUGUAUUCCUUGAAAUAAAAGUUGUAGACAAAG